GGUGCAGAGGGAAGCAGUGAGAAGGAACCACAUGGCCCCUGUGGCAGGUUUGGUUGUGAUGACUGAGCUGAUCGCCGGAGACCCUGGGCAAGUGUUCAGGCAGCAGCCCAGCAUCAUGGCAGUGGAUGCUGAUGGGAUCUGUGUGUCAGUGGGAUUUGUCUUGUGGGAGCUGGAUGCUGUGCUGGUUGAUUCCUGGAAUGUGCCGGUCGCAGGACUCAAUGGAACGACCAGGAUCUUGUUCAUGGAUUGUUGGGCUAAUUUCACUGAUCUCUCCAUCAGUGUCAAUGGCACCAACUACCGACUGAGUUUCCAGCUCAGGUUGAUCGAAGUCCAGUCCAGACUGUUCUCGGUGGGGUUGGUGCACAGUUCUCAGGAAGAUUCCGACCCCAGCUCCAGGCUCAGCCUGAGAAGUGGAAUAAUUGCAGGUGCCGUACUGGGAGGUCUCCUGCUCUUCAGCAUCAUCGUGGCUGUGACCUGGAAAAUGACAGGUGGGCACAUGGGAUUCCCCAGGGGCAAACGUUGGCUGUCUGUGACCACCAGCAUGACUCUGGUGUUUGGGGCAGAGUGGUCUUCUGUUAUUUAG